CGUCGCCACGCGCGAAGCAACAGUUGGAUGAUAUCAACAGACGAGAGCGUGCGGCACCUCGCCUUAUCCCCGCGAAAAACGAAUAUUUUUUUUUACAAUUCGUACGCUAUGAACUUUCAAAGUAAAGCUAAUAAAUACGUGUGUCCUAACGACCGUCAACUUUCAUUGAGAGCAAAGUUGAGGACGGGAUGGAGCGCAGCCCGGAGCGAGCCUCCGCUGUCGAAGAGUGAGCGAGAGGCAAUAGCAGCCGUUGUCAAGCGAGCUGAAAAAGUAGAUGAAGUAGAAGCUCGACGAGUCGGCCGACUGGUCGCUAGACUUGAAGGAAUGCGUCGGUCAGCACAAGGUCCAGCUCCCAGAAAUUGUCUAUUGUGUGGCGAGUCUUCAAGACUACUUGCUCCGUUACGAACGUGUUCUAUUUGCAGGAAUUCUGCGUGUCCGAAAUGUGUCAUAGAUACGUUACCUCACAGGUCGUCGAUAUACUCAAGAGAACAAUACAUGUGCAAUCUUUGCGCCGAAACUCGUGAAAUGUGGAAAAAAUCUGGAGCCUGGUUCUUCAAGUCCCUGCCGAAGUACGUAUUGCCCGACAAGAAAAUAACGGGAAAAUAUAACGACACGGAAUUAGCUAAAUCUUUACAGGACGCAGGAACCAGUAGCAAUGAAGGAAAAACAGAUUCUGAACCCGGGUCACCGCUGAGUAUUCAUCCACCGAGUUUCUCAAGACAACCCAGCAAUACGGACAGCAGAAAAUCAGUCAGUCUGUCACAGGAUCAUGAAUGGCACGAAACAGACAUUCUAUCCCACGGAGUCAGUGGACUAAGUCUACAUAGAAUGGAGAGUCUCAACCAAAGGCCUUUGAGUCUGAAACGAACUGGUAGUAAAGGAAGUGCGUACAGCAUUCGAAGCAUAAGAAAAGAAGUACCGAAACAAACUACGCAAAUAGAGAGACCGCUCACGAUCCCUGACGCAGGUUUUGGCACACUAGAAAUUAAAUUGGCUUACGAUAACAGUACGUCAUCCGUUGCUGUAACGAUUUUAAGAGCUAGGGGUCUAAUUGGAAUGGACAUGACUGGACUUUCAGACCCGUUUUGUCGGUUAGAAAUUUUGCCUAGAGAAAGUUCAUAUUCAAACAGAUUGAGAACUAAGACGGUGCACAAAACGAAAAAUCCUGAAUUCAAUGAGACAUUACACUUCUUCGGUAUCACGGAAUCCGAUUUAGACUCAAAAUGCUUAGAAAUAGUUUUAUUUGAUGACGACAGAUACGGCUGUGAUGAAAUGGGUUCAGCGACAGUUCCACUUAGAGAGUGUCUGAAAUCACCAUCACAACUUCGACUAGCUCUAUCUGGUGCUUCAGGCUCAGAGCCUACAGGACCUAGGCUAUUGCUGGCUUUGUGCUACAGCACAAAGAAAAGAGCACUCGUAGCUACCGUCUGCCGAGGAGCAGACCUACCGUCACAAGACACCAAUGGAUAUUCAGACCCCUUUGUGAAGUUGCAUCUAGAUCCAGACCCGUACCACAAAAAACACAAGACAUCAAUAAAAUGGCGGAAUUUAAAUCCAAUUUGGAACGAAGAAUUCCUUUUCGAGACUCGGCCCACCGAACUAUCCCGCCAAAAUUUGACAUUGACAGUUUGGGAUAAAGACUACGGGAAACCAAACGAUUUUCUAGGAAGCUUAGUUCUCGGUGCAAGCAGUAAGGGAAGGAGGCUAAAACAUUGGAUGGACUGCAUAAAGUUUCCUGAUCAUCGUCAUGAACAAUGGCAUGCAUUAACCGACACUCAACACUUGUAAGACAUUAAAAUGUGUUACGAAAUUAAUAUAAAUAUUAAAUAAAAUACACUUAUAAAAUCAAGUUUAAUAAAUAAUAUUAUAUUAUUA